UCAGCCGUCGUUAUCAUGGCGUCCGCUAGCGGUCGAUACACGGAAAGACACGUAUGUCAAAUAUCCCUGUUACUCUUUUGUGUUGCGCGUACCUGCGCACUGAGCAACACUGAUCCGAGUCGAACAGUGUUCCGCUGGUGUCCUGGACGCGCUCGUCGCACCAACAGCAUUUGUUUCAACAGCGACGGCAACUCGUCAACGAUACACGGUGCUAGCCGACUUCCGUUCCGGUGCACGCCUGUUUUCACAUCUGUUGCUGCUGCUUGGUACGCAGUCACCGCGUUCACCGUUCACGACGGCCACUGUAGCGUGCUCGCAAUCUUAUUUUUUGGUAUACCCGAUGGCCACCGCUACUACGUUCAAAAGGUCUUUCGAGCUGAGAGCCAUUACCUACAAGAAUAAUUCCACCUUUUUCCGUGUUGGAAACGAGGGGCAACAUGACAUAUUAUGCGACGUAUUCGAUAAAGACAAGCAAGAGAUGGUACAUGUUUUUGUAGAUUCUAAUUUACUCAUUGAGCUAGGACUUCUAGUAAUCGUCGGCAAUGUGAAUCCAAUCAAACGCUUCACUAAAAGAAUAUAUUGGUCUGAAAGUGCUUCAAUUUUCUUGCGUAAGAAAUAUGAUGAGUAUGUUCUAAAUUUUGGUCCAGGAAAACGUUUUCUAAAAAAAAGAGACAUAUGGAAUAAAAUAUCUAUUGAUUUAUUCAAUGAAAUGCGUAUGGUAGCCAACUGGAAACAAGUUCAAAAUCGGUACAAGUCAAGUAUGAGAAUUAGACCAAGAACUUAUCGAUAUAAGCCUGGGAAUGCUCUUACAACAGCACCGAUUCAAUCUGGAUUUCAAAAGAUCAAUAAUAUUGAAGAUAGUAAGCCAGGAGUUCCUGAAAAUAUGAUUGAAGUUAAUAUCAUAAAUAAUCCUGCUCAAGUGAAUACAGAAACACAAAAUCUUGGUACUGGAUGCAACAUGAUAAACACAUCGGUAAAGGUUGAAACAUCAGUAAAAGAAGAACAAGUAAUAGUAAAAGAUGAAAGUAUAUACGAAGAGGAACAAUUUGAAUUAAUUGAAAGUAUCAUCUCAAGAAUGGCAUCUAAAUUUGAGGAAUCAAGCUUAAAAUCCUAUGCAGCUAUAUAAUAGAGACUGGAUUGAACCUGCGGAACACUUACCUCCAGGGUACGAACUUCAAUGGAAUGUAUGGAAGGCAUUAAAUCGGCUGAGAGUGGGAGUUGGAAGGUCUAAAGAUAGUUUGUUGAAAUGGGGAUACAUUAAUGAUCAGAAUGCCUUUUGCCACUGUGGAACAACCCAGACGAUGGCAAAUCAAUUGAUAUGUCCGUUGGCACCAGAACCUUGCACGCUAGAAAACUUAACAGCUGCCAAUCAGAAAGCCAAGGACGUGGCUCAGUUUUAGGCAAAUGAAACAUCUAGUCGAGACACUUACCAUACCAUAUUCAUUUUUUUAUGUACCUAUUUAUUCAUUUUAUAUACAUAUAUUUUUUGUUUUAUUGUUUUAUAUAUCUAUGUAUACUCUAAAUUGUAAACAAGUAAUAAAAACUAGUCUAGUCUUACUCAUAGUCACAAGUAUGAAGCCUGAUUUCAAGAAAAAAAAAAAGCAGCUACAACUUGAAUAAGUGUUAUAGCUGCAUAUACAGCGUAAUUCACCAAGCGUAAAACACUCAUUACCUCAAAAACUAUUUACUUUUUUCAAUUUUUUUUUCUUUUCAAAAUGUUAGAUCUAUGCUGCCUAUCUGAUAUGUGACAACAUCAAUCAUUACAACUUAAACGAUAAAUGUAUGUUGUAUUUAAUACACAUAUC